AUACUCGACAUUUUAAAUAGCAGGAACGUAAACGCCAUGCUACAUAAACAAGUCAUCAGGGAUUGAAAUCAGUAUUAUUGUAGAAAGAAAAAGGAAGACUUCAUGGUAGCGAUUACAUUAUGUUCUUAGCUGGACCAAAAACCCAGUCAAGCCUUGGGCGAGGGAAGCUGUACCAGGCGGGGAGAGCACCAUACGUGAAGAACGCUCCCAGCAGCUUUGAGACAUUCUUCCUUGUCCACAUCGCAGAACCCAAUUUUCAACUCAGUCUUUCCCUAUACUCCGUGCAGCUAUCUAAGUACUUCCUAUAUUUCGAAUAAGCAGGGAUAGGAGGCGAUUGAACACCAAAAUAAAAGAAAGACGUGAAUAGGUGGAAAAUAGAGAAGCCAUAUUUCAUUUAAGACUGGUGAAGCAGGUAGUACAAACAUGCUUUCAACUAUUAAAAGACUAAUUCAGACCACCUUCAAUGAAAAUUCCAAAUGGAUACUGGUUGUGAAAAGCAAACACAGAGUCUUCAAAGAAACUGGAAAGCUGUGUGGACUGACAAUGGGCUUCACAUUUAUAUUCUUCCAAGCUGCAAUAAUCAUGCAAGGAUACUCCCCAACUCCUCUUGUCCUCUCACGGGCAUGUUACAAAGAAUCGCAAGACCCAACUGAGUUCCCCGUAAACAAGUGUUGUCAAACGUAUAACUACUCAAAGAAAGACUUCUUUAGAUGCAGUACCAAACUCCGUGAAAUGGAACACAUCACAAGCGAUUUCCCAGGGAGGGAAUUCUCUCCUGUUAAUGCUAUGGAGGCAAAUCAAAGAAUAGGGGAGUCUCUUUGGACCCAAGAAAACAAUACUACCAUUCAAAUUUUGGAAGACAGCAGUGGUUCAAAUUUACAUAAUAGAAUUAUGUGGGUAAUGAUAGGAGACUCCAGGGUGCGGCAAAUCUUCAGUGCACUUGUUUCUCUACUAAGUGGGCCCAGGUUAAAAUACAAGAAACCAUCAACACUGGGGAAAUGGAGGAGCUCUCAUGAAUUAACUGAAAGUCUUCGUAUCGGUAAACUUCAUGAAGACAUUGAAGUCUGUCAUAUAGACUAUUUUGUGAAUCUAAAAUUCUACUGGGACCCUACAUUACAGAGAUUACCAAAAUUGCUCAAAUACUGGACACCAAAUGAAAGUGACAGACCUUCUGUUUUAUUAAUAGGGAGUGGACUGCACUGGAUGAGACAAUCAACUCAUACUUACCAUACAAGUGGACUACAAUCUGCAGCUGAAAGUUUCCGGAUGCAUAUGGAAAAACUACAUUCACAAUUAAUAAGCAUAGCAGGUUCUAUGAACACCAUCAUUCAAUUACUUGACCCUAUACAGGAAACAGUUAUAUUCCCUAAGUACAAAGGAAUCUAUUCCAAUGAAAACAUUGAACUCUACAACGACAUCAUUACCUCAACCUUUACUAAGUCUGAUGUGAUAAUCUGGGAUAGCAACAUACCAACUGCAAAUCAUUACUUUCAUCAGUGCAGAAUAACAAAUCAGCAAUCAUAUGAUAAGCUCUGGGACUGUGGAAACCCCCUUCAUCCAGGAUUUAUUGCAGUCGAGAAAAAUCUUAAUAUGCUACUAAAUGGUGUUUGUAACAAACUUUUAAGAAUAGAUGAAUUAUACUGCUAAAGUUAAACAAAAUAAUUAAAUUUUUUUAUCUCUGUGUACAGAACAUACUACCUUCUAAGGGCUCUCUUUUAUGAACUGAAAUAAUAGGCCUUAAAGAAAUGGCACCAGUAUGUGCAUUAUACAAUUGCUCUCGAUGUAUGCAUAGAAGUAAGAGCUGAAUAUGGUGCACAAUUAAUACUAGACCUGACAAAAGAACUACUAAUUCAAUGCCCCAUAGCAGGAGAACCUCAUGUAACCUCUUAAAUUAUGUAUGAAUCUAAAAAAUUUACUUGUUGUGAUGAAAUUGCUGUACUGUAAAUUAAAAUCCAAGAAUUAUAUCCAUAAACUGCAUUAAUGUCAAAGCUAAAAGUUAAAAACAAAGACUUUCAAACACAUGAACAGUAUUUCUCCUCAGUGUUUACAUUAAAAUUUUUUAUCUUUUACAUCAAUACAAUUUAUUAAUAUAGCUGUGGAUUUAUUAUUUAUAUUAUAUGUGACAUUGUGAAUAAAGACCAGUCUUGUACACAUACUUAUCUAAAUUAUUAGAUAUCAAAUUAAUUAGAGGAAAUGACUAAAGCAACCAAAAAAGUAUAUAACAUUUAUAAAGAUUACAGACCCUCAUGUUCA